AGGCAAAAAGCCAAAAAAAAAAAAAAAAAAAAAAAGAUUGCACAGCUAGUGGGUAGCACAGCUGAUAUUUGAAUCCAGAUAGUCAAUCUAAGUCCAGAGCAUGUAAGCCUAACCCAGCAUCUUUACAGUCUUCCAGAUAUUUCACAUUUUAUUGAUUCCCAGAGGGGAUUUAUCAUUACAGAAUAUAGCAAGAAAAAUAUAUUUUGAAUCAUUACAUAUUAUGUUGGUUCAGCAUAAGUAUUAGAUAAGCAGAAUAGUAUAGUAGAAAUAUUCUUGACCUAUAGUGAGACAGGCAGACAUGAAUCUUUUCUAAGCUGCUUACUGUAUAGCUAUAAGAAAUUUAUCUUCUGAGCUAUUAUUUUCUCAUUUGUAAAGGAGAAUAAUUAUUUUUUUACUUUAUCAGAGAUUUUGAAGAAAUAAAAUUAAGAAGAAUCCAUAAUACACUGCUUGAUGUACAGUGUAUGGUCAGUAUUAGAUUAUAAGUAUCCCCUAAGAAAAUUAUGCUGAUUCCCAUAUAGAAGGUUGUGGUAAGCUUUAGUAUGGGAGCAGUUGAUAGUGCUGGUAGGGGCCAUGCUGACUAUCUCUACUGAGAGUAUACUUGGUGCCAGGCACUGACCUAGGCUCUGGAAAUACGGCAUUGAAUAAGACAUAGCCUUCCUGCUCUCAAGGAACUUACAGUCCUCUUCCUGUGGUCAAAGGGGAUUCGAUCCAGACAGAUAGACAAAUAUUUUGCUAGAUGCUAUUAUGGGGGUAAGCAUAGGGUGCUAUAGGAGCAUAUAGGAGGGUCACUUAAUCAAACCGUCGCAGAUGAGGAAUGGCUUCCCAAAGGGAGGAGGAGGAGGAUGUGAGGAAUUAGAGUAGUAAAUCCAGAUAGGAGGUAAAGAGAAGGCUGGUAGAAAUUUGUUAUUGCUACAGCAGUGUCCCAUUCUUUAACAAAAUAGGUGUCAUCAACAUUAAUGACAUUUUCAGAGACACCAGGAAAGUAUGAUUUUGUCAGGUCACUGUUGAAAUAUUAAGAGCCUACUUUUAGGUUUAGCCGUUACUAAAGUAGACAGUUUUUAAAAGUAAAAUUAAAAUGGCACUUUUUAUAUGUAAUGUUGAAAUUUUGUCCCAUAGUACUUUCGGAGGUCUUAGAUUCACAUGGCCUUGCUUGUUGUUCAAACUGUUAUUAUGCUUGUUGUUCAAACUGUUAUUACAUUGGGAUAUACUUCUGGAGAAGAGAGAGGAAGAAGCACGAAGAAGCAAUGAUCUUCAGAGACUGGAAAUGAUUUUUGUUUGCAUAAUUGUCCUUAAAUGAGGUAAGAGUGAAGAGAUCAGAGCCAUCUCUGGAGAACAAAACUACCCCAUUCCCUUGGAAGCCACCCUCUGGAGCGCUAGAUUUGACCACAUCUGUUUUGAGGACUCAUUAUGAACAAAGAAGUCCCUCAGGUGUGAAGUUUUUCAACAUGAGUGGCCUUGGGGACAGUUCAUCUGACCCUGCUAACCCAGACUCACAUAAGAGAAAAGGAUCACCAUGUGACACAUUGGCAUCAAGCACUGAAAAAAGGCGCAGGGAACAAGAAAAUAAAUAUUUAGAAGAGCUAGCUGAGUUACUGUCUGCCAACAUCAGUGACAUUGACAGCUUGAGUGUAAAACCAGACAAAUGCAAGAUAUUAAAGAAGACAGUCGAUCAGAUACAGCUAAUGAAGAGAAUGGAACAAGAGAAAUCAACAACUGAUGAUGAAGUACAGAAAUCAGAUAUCUCGUCGAGUAGUCAAGGGGUGAUAGAAAAAGAAUCCUUGGGACCUCUUCUUUUGGAGGCUUUGGAUGGAUUUUUCUUUGUUGUGAACUGUGAAGGGAGGAUUGUAUUUGUGUCAGAGAAUGUGACCAGCUACUUGGGUUACAAUCAGGAGGAGUUAAUGAACACCAGUGUCUAUAGCAUACUGCACGUGGGGGAUCAUGCAGAAUUUGUGAAGAAUCUGCUGCCAAAAUCACUAGUAAAUGGAGUUCCUUGGCCUCAAGAGGCAACACGACGAAAUAGCCAUACCUUUAACUGCAGGAUGCUAAUUCACCCUCCAGAUGAGCCAGGCACCGAGAACCAAGAAGCUUGCCAGCGGUAUGAAGUAAUGCAGUGUUUCACUGUGUCACAGCCAAAAUCAAUUCAAGAGGAUGGAGAAGAUUUCCAGUCAUGUUUGAUUUGUAUUGCCCGGCGAUUACCUCGGCCUCCAGCUAUUAUGGGUGUAGAAUCCUUUAUGACCAAGCAAGAUACUACAGGUAAAAUCAUCUCUAUUGAUACCAGUUCCCUGAGAGCUGCGGGCAGAACUGGCUGGGAAGAUUUAGUGAGAAAGUGCAUAUAUGCUUUCUUCCAACCUCAAGGCAGAGAGCCAUCGUAUGCCAGACAACUAUUUCAAGAAGUGAUGACUCGUGGCACUGCCUCCAGCCCAUCCUAUAGGUUCAUAUUGAAUGAUGGGACAAUGCUUAGCGCCCACACCAAGUGUAAACUUUGCUACCCUCAAAGUCCAGACAUGCAGCCUUUCAUCAUGGGAAUUCAUAUCAUCGACAGGGAACACAGUGGUCUUUCUCCUCAAGAUGACACUAAUUCUGGAAUGUCAAUUCCCCGGGUAAAUCCUCCCGUCAAUCCUAGUAUCUCUCCAGCUCACGGUGUGGCCCGUUCAUCUUCAUUGCCACCAUCCAACAGCAACAUGGUAUCCACCAGAGUAAACCGCCAACAGAGCUCAGACCUUCACAGCAGCAGUCACAGUAAUUCUAGCAACAGCCAAGGGAGUUUUGGAUGCUCACCUGGAAAUCAGAUUGUAGCCGGUGUUGCCUUAAACCAGGGACAGGCUAGUUCCCAGAGCACUAAUCCCCCUUUAAACCUCAAUAAUUCUCCUAUGGAAGGUACAGGAAUAUCCCUUGCACAGUUCAUGUCUCCAAGGAGGCAAGUUAGUUCUGGAUUGGCAACAAGACCCAGAAUGCCGAACAAUUCAUUUCCUCCUAAUAUUCCGACAUUAAACUCCCCUGUUAGCAUGACAAGUACUGCCUGUAAUAAUAGUAACCGAUCUUAUUCAAACAUCCCAGUAACAUCUUUGCAGAGUAUGAAUGAAGGACCCAAUAACUCUGUUGGCUUUUCUGCUGGUUCUCCAGUCCUCAGGCAGAUGAGCUCACAGAAUUCACCUAGCAGAUUAAAUAUACAGCCAGCAAAAGCUGAGUCCAAAGAUAACAAAGAGAUUGCAUCCAUUUUAAAUGAAAUGAUUCAGUCUGACAACAGCUCUAAUGAUGGCAAACCUCUGGAUUCUGGGCUUCUGCAUAACAAUGACAGACUCUCAGAUGGGGACAAUAAAUACUCUCAAACCAGUCACAAACUGGUGCAGCUUUUGACAACAACUGCAGAGCAGCAGUUACGGCAUGCUGAUAUAGACACAAGCUGCAAAGAGGUAUUGUCUUGCACAGGCACUUCCAGCUCUGCCUCUGCUAACUCUUCAAGUGGCUCUUGCCCCUCCUCUCAUAGCUCACUGACGGAGCGGCACAAAAUUCUCCACCGACUCUUACAGGAGGGUAGCCCCUCGGAUAUCACAACUUUGUCUGUGGAGCCUGAUAAAAAGGACAGUGCCUCUACUUCUGUGUCAGUGACUGGGCAGGUACCAGGGAACUCCGGUAUAAAACUGGAACUGGAUGCUUCAAAGAAAAAAGAAUCAAAAGACCAUCAGCUUCUACGCUACCUUUUAGAUAAAGAUGAGAAAGAUUUAAGAUCAACUCCUAACCUGAGCCUGGAUGACGUAAAGGUAAAAGUGGAAAAGAAGGAACAGAUGGAUCCUUGUAACACAAAUCCAACCCCAAUGACCAAACCUCCUCCUGAGGAAAUUAAACUGGAGUCACAGAGCCAGUUUACAGCUGACCUUGACCAGUUUGAUCAGUUACUACCCACACUGGAGAAGGCAGCACAGUUACCAGGCUUAUGUGAGACAGAGAGGAUGGAUGGUGCGGUCACCAGCGUAACCAUCAAAUCGGAGAUCCUGCCAGCUACACUUCAGUCCACCACUGCCAGACCUACUUCCAGGCUGAAUAGAUUACCUGAGCUAGAAUUGGAAGCAAUUGAUAACCAGUUUGGACAACCGGGAACAGGUGAUCAGAUUCCAUGGGCAAAUAAUACAGUGACAGCUGUAAAUCAGAAUAAACCAGAAGACCAGUGUAUUAGUUCACAAUUAGAUGAGCUUCUCUGUCCACCAACAACAGUUGAAGGAAGAAAUGAUGAGAAGGCUCUUCUUGAACAGCUGGUAUCCUUCCUCAGCGGCAAAGAUGAAACUGAGUUAGCGGAACUAGACAGAGCUCUGGGAAUCGACAAACUUGUUCAGGGAGGAGGAUUGGAUGUAUUAUCAGAGAGAUUUCCACCACAACAAGCAACACCGCCAUUGAUGAUGGAAGAAAGACCCAACCUUUAUUCACAGCCUUAUUCUUCUCCAUCACCUACUGCCAAUCUCUCUGGCCCCUUCCAAGGCAUGGUCAGGCAAAAACCUUCAUUGGGGACUAUGCCUGUUCAAGUAACACCUCCCCGAGGUGCUUUUUCACCUGGCAUGGGCAUGCAGCCCAGGCAGACUCUAAACAGACCUCCAGCUGCACCCAACCAACUAAGACUUCAGCUUCAGCAACGAUUACAGGGACAACAGCAGUUGAUACACCAAAAUCGGCAGGCUAUCUUGAACCAGUUUGCAGCAAACGCUCCUGUUGGCAUCAAUAUGAGAUCAGGCAUGCAACAGCAAAUUACACCUCAGCCACCCCUGAAUGCCCAAAUGUUGGCCCAGCGCCAGCGGGAGUUAUACAGUCAACAGCACCGACAGAGGCAGCUAAUACAGCAGCAGAGAGCCAUGCUCAUGAGGCAGCAAAGCUUUGGGAACAACCUCCCUCCCUCGUCUGGACUGCCAGUUCCAAUGGGGAACCCCCGUCUUCCUCAGGGUGCUCCGCAGCAAUUCCCCUACCCACCAAACUAUGGUACAAAUCCCGGAACUCCACCCGCUUCUACCAGCCCCUUUUCACAACUGGCAGGAAACCCUGAGGCAACCUUGGGCAACCGCAACAGCAUGGUGAACAGAGGCAUGACAGGAAACAUGGGAGGACAGUUUGGCACUGGAAUCAAUCCUCAGAUGCAGCAGAAUGUCUUCCAGUAUCCAGGAUCAGGAAUGGUUCCCCAAGGUGAGGCCAACUUUGCUCCAUCUCUUAGCCCUGGGAGCUCCAUGGUGCCGAUGCCAAUCCCUCCGCCUCAGAGCUCUCUGCUCCAGCAGACUCCGCCUGCUUCUGGCUACCAGUCACCAGACAUGAAGGCCUGGCAGCAAGGAGCAAUGGGAAACAACAAUGUGUUCAGUCAAGCUGUCCAGAACCAGCCCACGCCUGCACAGCCAGGAGUGUACAACAAUAUGAGCAUCACCGUGUCCAUGGCAGGUGGAAAUACAAAUGUUCAGAACAUGAACCCAAUGAUGGGCCAGAUGCAGAUGAGCUCUUUGCAGAUGCCAGGAAUGAACACUGUGUGCCCUGAGCAGAUAAAUGAUCCAGCCCUGAGACACACAGGCCUCUACUGCAACCAGCUCUCAUCUACUGACCUUCUCAAAACAGAAGCAGAUGGAACCCAGCAGGUGCAACAGGUUCAGGUGUUUGCUGACGUCCAGUGUACAGUGAAUCUGGUAGGCGGGGACCCUUACCUGAACCAGCCUGGUCCACUGGGAACUCAAAAACCCACGGCAGGACCACAGACCCCCCAGGCCCAGCAGAAGAGCCUCCUUCAGCAGCUACUGACUGAAUAACCACUUUUAAAGGAAUGUGAAAUUUAAAUAAUAGACAUACAGAGAUAUACAAAUAUAUUAUAUAUUUUUCUGAGAUUUUUGAUAUCUCAAUCUGCAGCCAUUCUUCAGGUCGUAGCAUUUGGAGCAAAAAAAAAAAAAAAAAAAAAAAUGAAAAGUUCACUUUGUUGGGAGAUUGAGAGAUGUUUUUGUUUCUUUCUUCGUAAAGGCCUUGGAUAUUGAAAAAAUAACAAGGCAGAACAGUUGGACAAUCUCUCUCUUGAGCCAAAUUUAAUUAUUCUUAUUUUUGUAAUCAGUCAUUGGCUUCUUAUCUGGAUGAAGGCUUUUGGAGGAGCACCAAAAGGACAAGUUCCAAGGGGAAGAUGAAGCUCCGCCUCCACUGGCUCAGUCCUGCCCGCCAAGGAAGAAGGGCCGGUGGGGCUUUGCCUGUGCCGUCCACCAAAGGCUGUCACGUGUCUGUAAAUCAACAGCCCUCCCCUUCCCAACCCCAGGCAGCUUGUGUGUACAAUCAGCUUCUUCUAGCAACUCUAUAUCUGUUGGCUUCAAGAGAAUAUUUUGCCUCCACAUAUGUACCCCUUCUCCUUUUUUUAAGAGAUGGAUUUAAACCAAGAUGCCUCCAGGAAUGAGGACAGAAUGAGUAUAUUCGCAGAGGAAUCCAAAAAAUACAGUUUGGGAGAAAAUGCAAUAAUUUUUGAUGAGAUGGGUGAAGGACAAGAAGCGAGUUAUGUCAAUUAUUGUAGAUAUAAUUUUCUGAUUAAAUCUGGAAAAAAAGGCAGCCUGUUCUUUCUGCUUUUAUUGUAUUAACAGCUGAGGUAGCUAAAGGUAUUUAAAAUAAAAUUAAAUUUAUGAUUCAAGUAGCUUACUUUUCCCUUAAAUCUCACUGUAAAUAUAUUUGAUUUCUUGUAGAAAUUGAUUUCCUUCUGUUUAAUUUUAUGGUUUUAUUAUCAUACUCUUGAUUUUUCUAAAUUUCUGUGUGUGAAAUAUAACAUUGAUUGAAUUGCAGUUACAUUUGGCUAGUAAUAUUUUAUUAUUUUAAUAACUGUGAUGCCAUGUAUGGAUUUACUUCAAAUCAAAAUGCCACUGCCACAAAGAGCUGUUCCAGAUGAGCUAGAGCAUUCUGCCCUAGCGUGUCCCCGGGAUCAUCUAACCUGAGCGCAGUGCAAGGAAUUAUCACCAGAAGUUCACAGGCUACUUGUACAGAGAAAAAUUAGCACUCAAAGAAAAUCUUCAUUUUUGCUUUAGAUUGACUUUGGGGAUUCGAAUUUUCAUCAGUGCAAAUAUAAAUCUCUCUCUCCUGCUCUGAGGCUAAUUGGCACCGUAUUUUCCCUUUGUGUCUUGUCACUCUGCCACGUCUUGUCUCGUGCUGGCCUCUAAGUCAAGGACCCAGUGAACUGACUUUCUAGUUCUAGAAGUUCCACUGCAAGGCCAGAAAAGCUUGAGAAAGGUAUUGUGGACGAAGCAAAGGUAGACCCCCAUCACUCGCCUUUACUGCACCCCUGGGCCUGUGAACGAUGACAACAUCUGACAUUGUGCACCAGCUACCUCUGCUUCCAUCGCAGAGAAAAGGCCAUACGAACUAACAAUGGAAGAGGAGCAUGGACUCAGACAUCAAGGAAGAAGCCAUUUUCCCAGGUCCUCCUUUCUGCAUCUCACCAUCCCUAGUUACAGAUAACUCCAUUGAACAGCAUCUAUUCAGAAACUAUAUUGAAUAAAAAGAUUGAUGGAAGGGCUCAAGUGGGUAGCAACUAUGAAACAGAAAUAGGACACUCAGUUACAAACAUUCGCUCUUUUAGUUUUUCAGAAAAUGCAUCCCUGAUUUCAUGCAUUCCCAGCUUGAAAGCCCAGCCAUAUUACUCUAGUCCCUCCCAAACUGUUUUAGGAGGUCAUUUCUGUUUUGUUUGUGAUAUUUAGAUGUGCUGACUUCAGGAAUUUCACCUUUAACUUCAGCAUUCCAGAUGAAGUUUCCUGACUCAGUGCUUUGGCAUAAGGAACUUUAAAACAAAUGGUAAGGAAAAUUGGAGAUGCUAACAUCCUCCCCCAUCCCAAUUGCACCUUAAAGUAUGCAUGUCACCUUCAAGGUUUUAUAAUUGCACUGUUUGUUUUAUGUAUGUACAGAUUAAAAUUAUUGCUACAUUUGAGGAAAAUAAAAUUGCUUGCUUCUA